CAACUACUGGACAAGACGCGUUGAGAGUCGCGAUUGGCUUACAGUCGGCGAAUGAGGUUCACUCCAAGCUGUGAUUGGUGGGCGCUCGACCAAUAGCACGAGAUAAGAGACAUAUUUGUUGUUGUUUUGGUUCUGGUGGAGGAAGCUGGCAUCAUGCUGGACGCUCUCUAUAGCAUCCCUUUCUUCGUGCUGGAGCUGCCCAAGCUCAAGUUGAAGAAGCCAUCAUGGAUCACCAUGCCCUCACCCAUGGUGGUGUUCGCUUUCAUCCUGCUAUCAUACUUCUUAGUGACAGGAGGAAUAAUUUAUGAUGUUAUUGUUGAACCUCCUAGUGUUGGCUCCACCACAGAUGAACAUGGACACUCGCGCCCAGUUGCUUUUAUGGCAUAUCGAGUAAAUGGCCAAUACAUCAUGGAAGGGUUGGCAUCAUCUUUCAUGUUUGCCCUGGGUGGCAUUGGUUUUAUUGUUCUUGACCAAACCCACUCCCCCUCAACACCCAAGCUUAACCGUAUCCUCCUCAUCAUUAUUGGAUUUGCCUGUAUCAUCAUUGCAGCAAUUGCAUGUUAUGCAUUUAUGAAGAUCAAACUUCCAGGUUAUCUAAUGAGCUGAAGAGUUUUAGGAUGUACUGUCUUCAUCACAGCUGUGAAUGUACCUGCCAUGAGUUUCGGCCAGAAUUUUCCUUUUGCUGUGUGCAUUAUACAUGUUUUAUUGCUUUAUAAUGUCUAGAGGAGACAUUAUCAACUUUAUUUCUUGACAUUUUACUUGUUUAUAUUCUGUGGUUUACAUUAUAAAAUGUUUAUGAGGCAUUUAAAAAUACAGAAAUUGUUGGGUCAUUGGGAGCUUAUUUUUUGUGGAUGGCUGUAUGGAGGUACUGUACUGAUAUGUACAAUAAAUUUUUCAGAUAAAUA